AUGAUAAAGCGCGAGAACUUACUCUCGUCGCUGGUUUUGCUUGCUCUUGAGUCGUCUAUUCAUGCUGAAUUUGCUGAUUGGCUGCGGGCGCCAGGUUCUCUUGCUCAGUCGCACACCGUCACCAUUGUGAGCCUUCUCCUUCAGUUGACAUCGCGGGUGCGUGCCGAGCCGAGUAUCACCCUACAACCAGUUCGGCUGCCGAACGGAAACGUCGAGCUGCAGUGCACCGCAAGUGGAGACCAUGUUGACACCGCAAUGAUUCGCCUCGGUUGUGACAUCAGAAGUAGCAAAGUAUGCAGAGAAAACUGCACUCUGAUUUGCCCUCUCAUUGAUGGUCAUCCGAAUUGCACGAGGAUAUCUGAUGACGGGGUCACCAGUUGUCGAUAUAGCCGUUCCUCAGAGUCUACUGCUAGAGUCGUCUACGAGUUGGGAUGGGCAUCAGCUAAUACCAGAGUAAAUUUUUGGUGUAUUUACGGUGGCAAGAGCUCUCCCAUCUUCACUCACACACCUCUCAAGAAGAAAUCGGGUCGAGCAGGGGCCCUUUCCAGGCCUAAAAAACUCAAAUCUACGCGACAGGCAAAGGAAUUAGAACAUCCGGACCCAGGUGGCGAUGCGGCCAAGUUGCAGGGACUGGCUAAGGGCGGUCCUCGAAAUUCGGCAACAGAGACGUGCCUCUGUUUAAAGAGCCUCGCCGAAACCUACCGCCCUCGUCGCAUUGGCUUCACUAGAGGUGGCUAUCGCAAGGGCGGCAGUUUUGGUGUUGAUAUUGUUAGUGAAGGUGGUAGAAGCAGUGCGCAAUGGAGAAGAAUGGCAGCACAAGAGAGCUUCAAACUCCCCUUGACCGAGCCGAUGCCGCGACGCAAGCCCUUCACUGCUCUAACCUACUUCCCAUCCUACCACCACGAGCCGCUGUGCCCUCCCUCUAACCCACCCCAACCGUCGCUCGACGAAGUCAUCUACGACGACGUUCACCAAUCCACAGUCUACCUAAAUAAAGGCGAUUUAGCUUCGCAGCAGAAUAUGGCCUCUGAGGAUUAUCUAGCGGGCGUGUCAAGCUCACCAGGUGGCGGACAAAAUUACAUUGUUGACCAAAAUGGUAUGGUGUACAUGGCAAUGGGUCAUGUGUCCCAGACACCCCAGCAAUUGAGAUCGAACCUAGCGGCCUCUAGAGUGACUCUGACCACUUUUCAGCCAGAAUCCAGUUCCAAAUUGGAUCAGCAGAUCCAAGGACGACGUAAUCCAUCGCAUUCAGGACAGUUCGCUUCACUAAACAAUCCUUCAACAUCUUGGGCACCGCGAAGAGAGAGCAAUGACGCACUUCAAUUAACCUCGAACAUUAAUCCGGACCUAGUGGGUCUUCCGCCGCAAUCACCUCGAGGGAUCACCACACAAAGCAAAACAAAGACACCCUCACUUCAAUCGAGCCUGAAUCCACCAAUUCCUUUCGCCGAUCAAAUCAAUAACAAUGACGAUUUCGACGAUUUAUUCGACAUGUCCAGGGACACCCUCCUACCGCGUCGCCACAAUACGACCAAGAAACCCAGCAAAGAGCCCUAA